AUGAUCUCUGAUGACCUCACUAGACAGAUGAAGGUGGUAACAACCCACGACGUUCUACAUGCUGCUUCAAUCGACAACCCUGAGAAGUACAUGCCUAAAGAGGACGUCGAGAGUGAUAAUGUCAACAAGGUUCUGAAGGUGGUUGUCUCUGUAGGCCUCAAUGAGGUGCCCGUGGUCGGUGGCAUGCUCUCAGGGUUACUGGACCUGUUUUGGCCUGGUGGCGAUGAUGAUACAUGGGAGGGUAUCAAAGACAAGGUAGAGCGGCUUGUUGAUGAAAAGAUUGGUGAGGAGACCGCCAACGCCAACCGGUUGAGACUUAAAGGCAUCUUUAAGGCUCUACGAAACUUUGCAGAUGAGCCAGCGAAGGUCCAGGCUCGCAGCUUCCACGGAGUACUUGACAUUCUGAUGGAAAACGAGCCGUCAUUUAUCGAAAACGCAGCACCAUGGUAUAACCUUCCAUACCUGGUUCCCUUUGGCACUCUCUACCUAUCUGCACUCUAUACUCAAUGGAAGUAUUGCAAAAAGAUCGAUAAGGUCAAGGAUUCAAAGUCGUCAGAGUCGUCGUAUAAAGAAACACUUGAGAGAGAGGUUUAUCGACUUCAAAGGUUCGUCCAGGAAGCGAAGAAGAACUGCAUUGAGAGGCGAAAAAAAGAUAUCAAGAUGAAGGGGAUGUAUGCCGCUUUCGACCAGAUCACGAUGGAGGACCCACAUAGUCAUGCAGAGGUUACCGUUACGGGUGCGUUGGGUGAGAUGGAACCCAUGUUCGCCAACGCUCGCAAGCAGCUCGACUUCGAAGUUGAGUUCAAAUACAGUGCAGAGAUCGACAAGAUCCUUGAACCUACACGUCUCUGGGGACGAUUCAUUCCUGGACAUGAAGACGACGUCCAAACCUAUCACCAUCUGGAAUAUCCUGGAAGUAUAUGGAAGGGCAUUACGUCAGAGACAAAGUUUACAAACCCACAAGCCGCUUCCGGCACCCUGGGGAGGCUUUGUAAGAUUGAGUUGCAUGUUUGUCCAGACUACUAUGAUACCAAAGAGGUCGUCGGGCUUUCGUUCAUCUUCGAAAACACAAAACUUAUGUUAGGGUCAAGCCGUGGUGGAUAUGUCUUCAACAUUGACCUCGGAAAGGAGGCGGUCAUCGUUGGAGUGACAACAAAGGUCUCAACUGACUACCGAGACAGAGAUCGAAUCGAGUAUAUUGGAUUUACCAGCGCGGUUCCAACUAUAGAUGGCCAAGGACGUUUAAGGUAUGAGCAGUCAUGGACAUUGGGGAAUAAAUUUCAGCCAAGGGAUGGAGUUGAAUACAAGGAGUUCACUUGUACUAGUGAAGAUGGAAAGUCUCCGCCAACUUGCAUGCUUUAUGCUGUCGGGUGGUCUUAUGAUCAUACUAGCGACGGAUAUCUUGGAAUGUUCCAGCCGGUUUUUGGCUGCUUAGAGACAAUUGAAAGAGAUGGGAAAUCUACUUGGUCGUUUGAGAAUUAG